GAUUGUUAUUUCAGGAAUAUUCAUUUUUUUAAUUUCUUUUUCAUUUUUUUUUUUUAUUUUUUUUUCUGUUGCAGUAAAAUGGACGGGCCGGCGGUAUUAUCGAUGCCGCCGAUAACCGCGGCCCAAAAAUCAGCACAAUCGCCGCAGCCGCAGUCGCAUUCGAAAUCCAAUCAGGUGGGCAGUGUAUCCCUGUAUGGAAUUCACAUCGUGUCUUUGGUGAUCGAGGGCCAAGAAAGGCUGUGUCUAGCUCAGAUCAGCAACACGUUGCUAAAACAGUACAGCUACAACGAGAUCCACAAUCGUAGGGUAGCGUUGGGCAUCACCUGCGUGCAGUGCACCCCCGUCCAGCUGGAAAUCCUUCGCCGAGCCGGCGCAAUGCCCGUUUCCUCCAGGAGAUGCGGCAUGAUUACGCGAAGGGAAGCCGAGCGUCUCUGCAAAUCGUUCCUCGGCGACAACGCGCCGCCCAGGCUCCCGGAAGACUUCGCGUUCUCGGUGCACCACGAAUGCGCCUGGGGUUGUCGCGGCGCGUUUCUCCCCGCACGUUACAACAGUUCUCGCGCCAAAUGCAUCAAAUGCGCCUACUGCGGCCUAUUCUUCUCCCCCAACAAGUUCAUCUUCCACUCUCAUCGAAUCAGCCCGUCGGACAAGUACGUGCAACCGGACGCCGCCAACUUCAACUCGUGGCGUCGUCACAUGAAACUCUCCGGGAAUCCACCGGACGAGGUUGUGCACGCGUGGGAGGACGUGAAGGCCAUGUUCAACGGCGGCACCAGGAAACGAUUGCUCAACAACAAUCCGGCGUCCAGAGAGUCGCCGAGCCCGGCGAAACAGCCAAGAUCGUCGCCAACGACGCAGAUACCGAGCCUCGUCCCCUCACCGACGCAUCCGCGAGUCCCACCGUUCCCGGAACUGCCCCUGCCGUUGUCCAGAAGCUUGGUGAUGGACUACGUGUGGCAUCAGCAUCAACAGGCCGCCGCUGUCGCUGCCGCCAAGACACCUGGCUUCCCGUUCUCACCGUACGCUCUCCCGUGGCUGGCCAAGAGAGGACCGGUGCUCUUCCCUGGUCCUCUACCACCGCCAAUAAGCGGCUCCAGUCCAACAGAACCGCUUAUACCAACGGUGAAUCCAUCGCUACAUCAGUCUGCCUUUCGUCCUGUCAUUCGUGGACCACCGAUAGUUGAACCGGUGACCCAAGAACAACCGUCAGACACCUCGGUGUCGCACAAGGAGGAUAAUUCUGACGACGAGGUGGACAUCGAGACGACAGAGGACGAUCCAGUGACACCUUUGAACAUCACUGCACAGAAUCUUCAUUCCGUUUCAAAUUCGGCCGCCAGUAGUCACAGUGGUCGUAAUUCGCCUCAGUGUUGGAGCCCACCGCGAGAAACGGAGCGAGAAGCUGAAAAGAUAGCAGAGGAGGCAGCAGCUAUGCGUGACGUUAAACCGGAACUUCAACCCGCAAGAAGUCCUGACACCUGGCAAGGCAAUAACUUUUACCGGCAUCUUAACGUAAUAAAAGGAACCGAGCCGACCGAGAGAACGGGCACGGAUUGUUCCGCUUGCCAUCCGCGAGGAAUAUUUUACAGCCAGAUUCAUAGCCCGUCUGCACCCACUAAUUAAUCGACACGAGAUGCAGUAGCAGCUGAAAGAGGAUAGAUGGAAAGAGGUGGAGGGAAGUGAGGGCUGAAAGACAAAGAGGGAGAAACGACGGGAAGAAAAAGAAGAAAAGAGAGGGGUGGGGGGGGAGAACGAGGUAGAGAGUAAUUCAAAAAGACACUGUAAAUUAGGGGUCUCCGUCGGCAUUCAGUUUCGGAUUCAGUGAAUUUCAAUUAGUUUAAAGCGCAUUGAUCUCUCUCUGGCUCUUCUUUUAUUUUAUUCUUUCUCCUUUUUUUCUUUUUGAUUCUUCUGGGCUAGGAAAUUUCUGCCGUAUAAUUUAUAUAAUUUAUAUAAUUUAUAUAAUUUAACAAUUUGUGCAACAUUCAUACUGUUACUUGAUAAUUAUCGCACGAAGAAGCUAAAGCUAAUGGAAACCCCUGUUUUAAUUGUUUUAAUUUGCAACCCCUCGAUUUUUCCAUCGACGCGAUCUUCCACGCGAUCGAGACGUUCGAUUUUCGUCGCGAGACGUAGCAAUGAAAACUAGUCUUAAUCGAGUAAUGUGGAUAAAAUGUUACGUAUUUUUUAUUAUUCAGCGAACUCUCGAAACGGCACGAAGAUACGAAAAGAAAAUGAAGAAAAAAAAAAAGGAGAGACGUCGAUCGUUGUUCUCGUUCUUACGCUCAUAAUUAAUUUUGUAGAUUAAUUACGCCCGCACUGGAAACACUAUUAUAAAUAUUCAUGUAACUAAUUUCCACGGUAUACAUAUACAUAUAUACAUAAAGAAUUUCGCUCAAA